AAUAAGUGGAGGCAAAUAGAAAUUGGAGGGAAGCUGUUGAAAAACAUGGAAUAAAAACAUCUUUUUUGUGCCGUUGGAAGUCAGAUUAGGAAUUCAAAUAAGAUAACCUUCGCACAAAAAGCGUCCACUCGUCCUUGUUUGUGCAGCUUUUUGACUUCAUUUCCCAUAAUGCAGCUCAAAGGCUACGUAUUCAGUGUGCGACAAACAUUUUAAGUGUGCUCCACAAACUGCCGAGGAAAACAUCGAGUCGUUUUGCUUAAAAAUACAGAAGAAUUUGAAGCCCUUUUGCGGCAUAUUUAUUUUCCUUCUCCAGGCCACCAGAGUUUGAAGAUUAGAGAUGUCUCUGGCGGACGAGCUGCUGGCAGAUUUGGAGGAGGCCGGAGAUGAGGGGGAGGACGGGUUGUAUCCAGAGGGAGAGGAGGGGGAGAGUGAUGGAGAGGUGACGCAGGGACGGACAGAGGCAGGGCUGGAAGACAUCCCAGAGGAGAUGGAGGUGGACUACAGUAAAGCAGAGAGUGUAGCGUCCAUCGCCAAGCUCCGUAAUAGCAAACAGUUUUCAGAGAUUAUGGACAAAAUUUCCGUGUACAGUGGAAAGCAGCGCAAGAACUCAGAGGUCUCCGGUCCAGUCGAGGCUGACCCAGAAUACAGACUGAUCGUCGCAGCCAAUAACCUCACAGUGGAGAUCGACAACGAGCUCAAUAUCAUUCAUAAAUUUACUCGGGACAAAUACUCCAAGAGGUUCCCUGAGCUCGAGUCUCUGGUGCCAGAUUCUCUAGAUUACAUCCGCACAGUCAAGGAGUUGGGAAAUAACUUGGAGAAAUGCAAGAACAAUGAAACUCUGCAGCAAAUCCUCACCAACGCCACUAUUAUGGUUGUGAGCGUCACAGCCUCGACCACACAGGGGUCACUGCUGAGUGAGGAUGAACUGAAGCAGCUGGAGGAGGCAUGUGACAUGGCUCUGGAGCUGAACCAGUCUAAACACAGGAUCUACGAAUAUGUCGAGUCCAGGAUGUCGUUCAUCGCCCCAAAUCUGUCCAUCAUUGUUGGAGCAUCAACAGCUGCCAAGAUCAUGG